AUGACACUCAACAGUGGUUUCAUGGCUGAAGACAAGAAAUGGAUCAAGGUACUCUCAGGGACUGCAAGUCAAGAUGGAUCCUGUAGGACCAUCAUGGACUUCGUUCUUCCCGACUGUCAACUACGUCAAGAUCCCAUCAGCACCUCGAUCUCAUGGGCAUUCGCUUCCUGCACCUCGAUGGUCCCCGCCAUGCAGCACAGCCUGUGA